AAUUUUAUUUCGCGAGAUUUGCUUGGCGCGGUGACCCAUGUGAGCGACACCUCCUGCAAGAAUCAUUCUCCCCUGCAGAGGAAAAGGCUAUGGAGUGCUGAACGUUUUCACUGUUAUUCCCCUUUCCCCCCAAGCCCCUGUAUUUGUUCUGAUUAGAUUUCUGUAACCUUUUUGGUGGCUAUCGGGCGGUGGAACAAUGUGGAUUCAAAUUCGGACCAUAGACGGAAAGGAGACACGAACCAUUGAGGAUCUUUCCAGGCUGACCAAAAUUGAGUCUCUGAGGCUGAAAAUCCAAGAGAUCUUCAAUGUAAACCCCGGACAACAACGGUUAUUCUAUCGGGGCAAACAGAUGGAAGAUGGCCACACACUGUAUGACUACAACGUGGGUCUGAACGAUAUCGUCCAGCUGCUUAUCCGUUCCCAAGCGGGGGACACUACAGACAGUCCUCUCAUCUCUCCCUCCGUCAUCUCCCCUGUCGUCAGCCCCAAGGAGUGUGACACAAUGCCCCCCACCACUCCCAACACUACGACUGGUGCAGCUACCACCCCCUCUAAACCUACCACCGUGGCCCCAACACUUACCCCCAAACCCASCACAGUCAACAACAACACAYCCACCACUGGCAACACCAGUACUACCACCAACAUCAGUACAACUACCAGUAAGAAAACGAUUAACACCAGCGAUCCCAAUAACAACGCAGACGAGUCUUCUUCUGGUCCACCGGCACCGCUGGAGAAGCACGACAACCAGCCAUCAACCUCUGCACGUCCCUUCCUCAUAGACGCGGGAAUUGGGGUGUUCAAGAUAAACGAGUUGGUGGACUGCAGGGACAUAAGCAUCGGUGCCUGGUUUGAAGCCUGCAUUGACAACGUGUCACGCAGCCCAAAGGGACAGAACAGCACCAGUAAAGCUCCUACYGCAGGGAAGGUUGGCAGGCCUAGCAAAAGGACUAACGGCAAGCUUGAGACAGAGCCGGGCCAAGGCCAAAGCCACCUCUCCUCCUCAGACAAUAAUAAUGGGAAUAAUUGUUCUGUGUUGAACUCUGCCAGUAUUGGGCCAGGGGCUGGGCCCUCCACCUCUCAAACAGACUCUACUGCCACAGACAAAGAGAAGGAGGAUGUGACGUACCACAUCAGAUAUGAUGAUUACCCUGAGAACGGCGUGGUGGAGAUGUGUGGCGGUAACGUGCGGCCGCGUGCGCGGACCCUACUCAGGUGGGACCAGCUCACGGUAGGCCUGGUUGUCAUGGUGAACUACAACAUAGAGAUCCCUGAGGAGAGGGGCUUCUGGUUCGAUGCUGAGAUUACAGCACUCAAUGAGAUCUCCAGGACAAACAAGGAGGCCGCAUCCAGAAUCCUGCUGGGAGGGCCAGGGGACGUCAUCCCAGACUGUAAACUGUUGUUUCUGGAUGAGAUCUAUCAGAUUGAGAAGACUGGAGCACACUCGCUGUCUGCUGUAGAUGGACAGUUCAAACGCAAGAGCGGGCCGGAGUGUAAGCACUGCAAGACGGACCCCGAGUCGGAGUGCAGGUUCUGCUCGUGCUGCGUGUGUGGAGGGAAGCAGGAUGCCCAUAUGCAGCUGCUGUGUGAUGAGUGUAACAUGGCCUUCCAUAUAUACUGUCUCAACCCACCGCUAGCCACCAUACCUGACGACGAGGACUGGUACUGUCCCACCUGUAAGAACGACACCAGUGAGGUGGUUAAGGCCGGGGAGAAGCUGAAGGCCAGUAAGAAGAAAGCCAAGAUGCCCUCGGCUCAUACAGAGAGCCAGAGGGACUGGGGCAAGGUGAGACACAUGGUCUACGACACUAACCCCUGGGCCCAUACAGAGAGCCAGAGGGACUGGGGCAAGGGUAUGGCCUGUGUGGGGCGCACUAAGGAAUGUACCAUCGUCCCCUCCAACCAUUACGGGCCCGUACCUGGGGUUCCCGUGGGAACAACAUGGAAGUUCCGCGUUCAGGUGAGCGAGGCGGGAGUSCACAGGCCCCACGUGGGAGGUAUCCACGGCCGCAGUAACGAUGGCUCCUAUUCGCUGGUGCUGGCUGGGGGCUUCGAAGAUGAAGUGGACAGGGGAGAUGAGUUCACCUACACAGGCAGCGGGGGUCGCGACCUUUCAGGGAACAAGCGCAUCGGGGAGCAUUCCUUUGACCAGACCCUGACCCACUACAACAGGGCCCUGGCGCUGAACUGUGACGCCCCCAUCAACGACAAGGACGGGGCGGAAUCCAGGAAUUGGCGUGCGGGGAAGCCGGUGAGGGUGGUGCGGAGCUCCAAGGGCCGACGCAUCAGCAAGUACGCUCCGGAGGAGGGCAACCGAUACGAUGGCAUCUACAAGGUGGUGAAGUACUGGCCAGAGAAAGGGAAGUGUGGUUUCCUGGUGUGGAGGUACUUGCUGCGAAGGGAUGACCUGGAGCCUGCUCCCUGGACACCUGAGGGGCUGGCGCGCAUCCAGACACUGGGUCUGGCUGUGCAGUAUCCUCCAGGCUACGUGGAGGCCAUGGCCAACAAGACCAAGAAGGAGGCUAAUGCUCGUCCAGGGUCCACCAGGAGCAAGAAGCACCCUGGUCGGGGCCGUCCGCGGCUACAAUCUCUGAAGAAGGUGAAGGAGGAGGAGGAUGAAGAGGAGGAGGAAGAGAAGCCCAUGGAGGGUACAGACCAGUCACAGAGUAACGGCAGUCAGGAGACAGAGGUGUGUAAGGAAUCGACGGAGCCCCGAGCCAAGCGUCAGAAGAUGGAGGAGUCGUUCCAGCUGACAGAGCAGCAGCAAAGCCUCAUAAAGGAAGACCAGCCCAACAGAAAGAACUGGGARGAYGCCAUGGGACACCUCAAGGAGGGGCCGAACUUCCUGAGGAAGGUGGAACAGACGUUUAUGUGUGUCUGCUGCCAGGAGCUGGUCUACCAGCCCAUCACCACAGUCUGUACACACAACGUGUGCAAGACCUGUCUCCAGCGGUCGUUCCGUGCUGAGGUGUAUACCUGCCCUGCUUGUCGCCACGACCUGGGGAAGGAUUACGUCAUGGUCCUAAACAAGACUCUACAGCUGCUGCUGGACCAGUUCUUUCCUGGCUAUAGCAAGGGCCGAUGAGGACAAGACACCUGCACUUACCCAAACAGUUACACACAGACCCAUGAUGCAUACAAACAAACAUAGGCA